AUGGAAGAACCUAAAGAAUUUGGCACUGAACGUAUCGAGAAGGCCAUUGUGCUUGACGAAACGAUCGAUGUCGCCCUAGACAGGCGUGUAAAUCGUAAAUUCGACACCCAUAUCUUACCUUGGUUAUUCGGAAUUUGGCUCUUCUCAUUCAUAGACCGCAGCAAUAUCGGUAACGCUCGUAUAGCAGGCCUGUCAGACGAGCUAUCUAUCACAACCGGCACGCGGUUCAACAUUGCGCUUCUAGUCUUCUACAUCCCGUAUAUCCUCGUUGAUGUACCUUCGAACCUUCUUGUCAAGCGCCUACGUGCCGGCAUAUACUUACCGGCUCUUAUAACUGCAUGGGGUUUAGUGUGCACAUUCAUGGGCUUCGUCCAGUCUUUCGCCGGGCUGGUCGCAUUCGAGGGUGCAAUAACUGUUGUCUUCGGCAUCAUCUGCUUCUUCUUCAUGCCCGACACGCCUGCGGCAGCAGGUUUUUUAAGCGACGAAGAGAAAGAAUGGGCAUUACGACGCAUGAGACUUGACGCGGGAGGGUCUACUGAAGUCGAUGUGGAAGAUGAGAAGUUUAGCUGGUAUUGGGUAAGGAUGGCACUGAAAGCCCCACAGACCUAUCUUUCUGCUUUCAUCUGGUUCUUUUUAUUGGUACCGCUAUACAGUUUUUCAUUGUUCCUACCUAGCAUCAUCGCAGGAAUGGGCUAUCGAAGCACUACUGCGCAGCUUUUCACGGUGCCCCCCAACAUGGCUGCCUUCAUCACCGUCAUUGGCACGGCGUAUGCCUCGGACAAACUAAAGAACCGGGGCUACUUUAUCAUCGGAGGAUGCGUUUUGGGAAUAUGCGGUUACGUGAUGUUGAUAGUAGCGACGACCAAUGCCGUACGAUAUGCCGGCACGUUCCUAGUUGCCAUCGGUGUCUUCCAAGGCUCACCCAUGCUCAUGGUAAGCUUGAUCUGA